AUGUUUAUUUUACAGAAUGAGGUAUCAGAGUAUCUGUAUCCUCCAGAAAUACUACAAAAAUUGGAUUUUAACAAAAGUCCAGCAGUAUUUAAGCCAAAAAUAAGUGCUUCUAAUCCAGGCGAGGAAUGGAUGGUGGUGAGACCUUUACAAAGAUCAGAUUAUGAUAAAGGAUUCUUGCAAUUACUCAGUCAGUUAACCAGUACUGGUAAUAUCACAAGAAAACAGUUUGAUGAACGAUUCACACAAAUGAAGAUGUCUGGUGGAUAUUAUGUCACAGUAAUUGAAGAUAAGAGGAUUUCGAAAAUAAUAGGUGCAGCCACUCUUACAGUUGAACAGAAAUUUAUUCACAAUUGCUCCCUAAGAGGCCGCUUGGAAGAUGUUGUUGUUAAUGAUACAUACAGAGGCAAGCAAUUGGGAAAGCUAAUAGUUGUGACAGUUUCACUGCUAGCUCAAGAGCUGGGCUGCUACAAAAUGUCAUUGGACUGCAAAGAUAAGCUCAUCAAGUUUUAUGAGACCCUGGGCUACAAGAUGGAACCUGGAAAUUCUAAUGCUAUGAACAUGAGGUUCGAAGAGCCAUCCUGACAAUUAGCCGCUGAGUCAUCCGACUUGCGCUCUAAGCUGUAAGCACAUACAGCAGCCGAGUGGACGUCGCAACACCACAAACGGGUCCUAUACCAUUACCUGAACUACCCCCAUUGUCAUUUGUUAUAGUCAUUGUGAUUCCAAAAUAAACCAUAUAAUAGUUAGCAAUAAAAUAUUAAACCAUUUUUGUGUUUGUUGUGAUUUCUGCUUUGUUGUUUUGUGUUUACGGUCGCAGGGUCAAUUUGUUUAUCCAUCAAAAAUUGUAUUUUACAUAGUGGCACAUUUUGUAUGUAAAAUUUGCGUUUGAUGGGGUGGUAAAUUGAUUUUGGAUGUCUCGGCACAUAAUUAUAAUUUUAGUUGUAAGUUUUUACUGCUCAAUGUUUAAAAAUGUUUGUUUAUCGGAUUUAUUUGCGCUAAAAUCCAGCUAUGUCUGCUUCGCUUUUGUAACUAAAUACCUACUUAUAAUUCGUUCAUAAGCUUUAAUACUAACACUCAUUUAUUAAAUGUUGCUAUUGAAAAA